UCCUCCUCUCCAGAUCAUCCCCCCUCUCCUGGACCGGAACCAGAACCGCAGUAAGCUGAAGAUGUAUAUUGGUCACCUGAGAGACCUGUGUCAGGAGAGAGACCCCCAGAUCCUGCAGGACCUGACACCUCCCUCCUCCUACCACAGCUCUCAACACACCGCCUGGGAAACACAGCUUCACAACAUGACCCCAGAGCAGUUGGAGUCGGAGCUGGCGGUGUGUGAGAGGGAGAGUUCAGAGCUCCAGGAGUAUGCUAAUUGUGUCCUGCAGCAGAUCGCUGACCACUGCCCCGACAUCCUGGAACAGGUGGUCAACGCUCUGGAAGAGUCCUGCUGACCACAAAAACGCACACCUUUCAAUAUCCCCCGCCUGCCACACUCUCACACGCGUAAAGAGAGAGAGAGAUGCUUUUAUAUUCGCAGUCCUUAAUUUCCUGCCUUACCAGUUCUCCCAAUAUCUCUUUGGGGAUUUGUUACUGAUUUAUAAACAAUGAGUUGUCAGAUUGGUGCAACAAUCCUUUAAAUCUAAAAAUGUUUGUGGUGAGAAGGCCUUCUUGAACCAUUCAUGACGUUGAACCCUGUCUUUCUUAGACUUGACCACAAAACCUGUCCGUUACUAAGGUGUGGUCAACCAUGUUAUAUUAUUGUUACUCACAUACAGUUACUGCUUAGUUACUACACAGUUACUGCUUAGUUACUACACAGUUACUGCUUAGUUACUACACAGUUACUGCUUAGUUACUACUGCUUAGUUACUACACAGUUACUGCUUAGUUACUACUGCUUAGUUACUACACUGCUACUGCUUAGUUACUACACAGUUACUGCUUAGUUACUACUGCUUAGUUACUACACAGUUACUGCUUAGUUACUACACAGUUACUGCUUAGUUACUACUGCUUAGUUACUACACAGUUACUGCUUAGUUACUACACAGUUACUGCUUAGUUACCACACAGUUACUGCUUAGUUACUACACAGUUACUGCUUAGUUACUACACAGUUACUGCUUAGUUACUACUGCUUAGUUACUACACAGUUACUGCUUAGUUACUACACAGUUACUGCUUAGUUACCACACAUAUACUGCUUUGUUACUACUGCUUAGUUACUACACAGUUACUGCUUAGUUACUACACAGUUACUGCUUAGUUACUACAGAGUAACUGCUUAGUUACCACACAGUUACUACUUAGUUACUACACAGUUACUGCUUAGUUACUACACAGUUACUGCUUAGUUACCACACAGUGUCAGAAGGGACUGUCCUAAUGGGAUAUCAUUAUGGCCAAUAUGAAGAGAAGCUGGAGACUCAUGGUCAUGUGCCCACUACUUAGGCCAUUCUAGAAUCCCUCCUGCAGCUUUGCUUUCUGUCCUAUCGUCCUGCGUUCCACAUGGCACCCUAUUCCCUUUAUAGAACACUACAUUUCACCACGGCCCAUAUCAAUCCAUCCAUCAAAUGUAUUUAUAAAGCCCUUUUUACAUCAGCCGAUAUCUCAAAGUGCUCAUACAGAAACCCAGCCUAAAACCCCAAACAGCAGCAAUGCAGGUGUAGAAGCACGGCGGCUAGGAAAAACUCCCUAGAAAGGCAGGAACCUAGGAAGAAACCUAGAGAGGAACCAGGCUAUGAGGGGAGGCCAGUCGUCUUUUGGCUGUGCCGGGUGGAGAUUAUAACAGUACAUAGAACUCUUGUGAAAAGUAGUGCACUAUAUAGGGACUAGGGUGCCCUUUGGGAUACAGCCUAGAUCUGAGAUCUGGGAAUAUGUAUUUAAAUGACCGUUGAUGCCGUUCCUUUGCUGCUACCUUUUGUUUUGGUUGUUAGAGAUGGUUUGCUGCUGUUCUCUAUUAUCACAGUUCUCUGAUGGUUCUGGGGAUCAGGAAACCUAGUCAUGUUUUUAUUUCAGUUGUCGUCCGUUGAAAGGUUAGAGUCAGGAGAUGAAAAACAACACUAUUAUUGAGACACUCAAGCAACAACAGUAUUAUUGAGACACUCAAGCCACACCAAUGCUCACCGCUCACUGUAACAACAGGGAAAGUAUGUUUCAGCAAUGAUAUCUAUUCUGGGAGCGGGCUAUUGAUGUUGAAAUACAGAUCGAAUUUAUCUAGCUUAAUCUGAUCUUUUUAAACAUCAUAAGGACUCUUAAGUGUCUCUCUAGACAAGAGUCUCUAGACAGGACUCUCUAGACAGGAUUCUCUAGACAUGACUCUAGACAGGACUCUAUAGACAGGACUCUAGACAGGACUCUCUGGACAGGACUCUCUAGACAGGACUCUCUAGACAGGACUCUCUAGACAGGACUCUCUAGACAGGACUCUAUAGACAGGACUCCCUGGACAGGACUCCCUGGACAGGACUCUCUAGACAGGACUCUCUGGACAGGACUCCCUGGACAGGACUCUCUAGACAGGACUCUCUGGACAGGACUCCCUAGACAGGACUCCCUAGACAGGACUCUCUAGACAGGACUCUCUAGACAGGACUCUCUAGACAGGACUCUCUGGACAGGACUCUCUGGACAGGACUCCCUAGACAGGACUCUCUAGACAGGAUUCUCUGGACAGGACUCCCUAGACAGGACUCCCUGGACAGGACUCUCUAGACAUAACUCCCUAGACAGGACUCCCUGGACAGGACUCUCUAGACAUAACUCCCUAGACAGGACUCCCUGGACAGGACUCUCUAGACAGGACUCUCUAGACAGGACUCUCUAGACAGGACUCCCUAGACAGGACUCUAGACAGGGCUCUAGACAGUACUCUAGACAGGACUCCCUGGACAGGACUCCCUAGACAGGACUCCCUAGACAGGACUCCCUGGACAGAACUCUCUAGACAUAACUCCCUAGACAGGACUCCCUGGACAGAACUCUCUAGACAGGACUCUCUAGACAGGACUCUCUAGACAGGACUCUCUAGACAGGACUCCCUAGACAGGACUCACUGGACAGGACUCUCUAGACAGGACUCCCUAGACAGGACUCCCUAGACAGGACUCUAGACAGGACUCUCUAGCCAGGACUCUCUAGACAGGACUCUAGACAGGACUCUAGACAGGACUCUCUAGACAGGAUUCUCUAGACAGGAUUCUCUAGACAGGACUCUCUAGACAGGAUUCCCUAGACAGGACUCUAGACAGGACUCUCUAGACAGGACUCCCUAGACAGGACUCUAGACAGGACUCUCUAGACAGGACUCCCUAGACAGGAUUCUCUAGACAGGAUUCCCUAGACAGGACUCCCUAGACAGGACUCUCUAGACAGGACUCCAGACAGGACUCUCUAGACAGGACUCCCUAGACAAGACUCUAGACAGGACUCUCUAGACAGGACUCUAGACAGGACUCUAGACAGGACUCCCUAGACAGGACUCCCUAGACAGGACUCCAGACAGGACUCUCUAGACAGGACUCCCUAGACAGGACUCUAGACAGGACUCCAGACAGGACUCUCUAGACAGGACUCCCUAGACAGGACUCCCUAGACAGGACUCUCUAGACAGGACUCUAGACAGGACUCUCUAGACAGGACUCUCUAGACAGGAUUCCCUAGACAGGACUCCCUAGACAGGACUCUCUAGACAGGACUCUCUAGACAGGACUCUAGACAGGACUCUCUAGACAGGACUCUCUAGACAGGAUUCCCUAGACAGGACUCCCUAGACAGGACUCUCUAGACAGGAAUCCCUAUGGUGAUGUUAGACGGUUAAACAGCAGACCCAGUUGAGAUGGUAUGGAUCGUAUGUCUUCAGUGUGUAGUUAGCUAACCUAACAUAGCAGGUGUGACGCGCUGGUUCCUUCUGUUGUGGGAGGGUCUCUUCUGCACUGUUCAACCAAUCCAGUAAAUGUGGAGGAUGAGUUAAGAUGGAGUGUGGCCUUGCUGACAUCCGGAAGCGGAAGCCGCGUCCCAGGCUCUCUUUCCAUCCCGUGAAAACCGGGUGGUAGUUAACUAAUGGAUCUCCUCUGAUUCAGAGCCGUGAUGAGAGCGAAUGGAGGUCACUAACCCACAGUUUCCAGGGGACUAUGGCCUGGAGACACAGAGGACAUAUUUACACCCAGCAUCACUUCCUAUAGGAAGUGACAUCAUCUCAGUCAGGUCCACAGGCUGGUUCCCUCCUCUUUCCUUCUGAUCUGUCUUUCCCUCUUUCAAUCAGCAUGGACAUGAAAGGCCGCAGGGAGGUGAUGUCACUCAGACAGUGUGGGUGAUGUUCUAGUGAUGACUUGGUGGUGUGCAGUACACUGUUUUAUGUGGCUAAAUCAAAACCAUCCUCUCCUCUCUCCCCCUCUCUCACCCCUAUCCUCUCCUCUCUCUCCCCCUCUCUCCCCCUAUCCUCUCCUCUCUUCCCCUCAAUCCCCCAUCCUCUCCUCUCUCUCCCCCUCUCUCCCCCAUCCUCUCCUCUCUCCCCCUCUCUCCCCCAUCCUCUCUUCUCUCCCCCUCUCUCCCCCCAUACUCUCCUAUCUCCCCCUCUCUCUCUCCCCCUCUCCCCCCCAAUCCUCUCCUCUCUCCCCCUCUCCCCCCCAAUCCUCUCCUCUCUGCCCCUCUCCCCCCCAUCCUCUCCCCUCUUCCCCUCUCUCCCCCAUCCUGUCCUCUCUCCCCCCCUCUCUCUCCCCCAUCCUCUCGUCUCUCCCUCUCUCUCCCCCUCUCUCCCUCUCUCUCCCCCAUCCUCUCCCUCUCUCCCCCAUCCUCUCCCUCUCUCCCCCAUCCUCUCCUCUCUCCCCCAUCCUCUCCUUCUCUCCCCCAUCCUCUCCCUCUCCCCCAUCCUCUCCCUCUCCCCCAUCCUCUCCUCUCUAGUCAGUCAUUCUAAUCAACACUCUCACCGCUCCAUCACUUCCAGCUGAAGGUGACUGAGGUUCUGGCUUGCAUCCCAAAUGGAACCCUAUUCACCAUAUAGUGCACUUCUUUUACCCAGGGCCCAUAAGACUCUGGUCAACAGUAGUGCACCAUGUAGGGAAUAGGGUGCCAUUUGAGAUGCAGGUUGGGAGUGUUGAAACGCCUCUCUAAACCAACAGGUGCAGUCGACCACCACAAACUCACACUUCAUUGUUCACCUUAAAUGGUGUUGUGUGGUUGAAGCUCCUGUACGUCACGGGCCAUUCACUUCCCUUUGUGUGUCAUAUUGAUUGGAGAUAGCUGGACUCACCCCGGUGAUGAACCGUGUCCUUAUUGCUACAGGUCUAGUCUGUGAACAGAUUGUUGAGUGUGUGAGAGUUCACAGUUGACUCUUACUCCGUUCUCUGGAGACGAUACUGUCUGUACAUCUACAUGAUAAGACCGGGUUCAUAUCAGUCCCACCCUGCUCACUCUUUCUCUCUCUCUCUCUCUCCCUCCCUCUCCACCCCUCUCUCUUCUCUCCAUCCUUCUCUUCUCUCCCUCUUCUCUCCCUCCUUCUCUUCUCUCCCUCCUUCUCUCUCUCCCUCUCUCUCUCCCUCUCUCUCCACCCCCUCUCCCUCUCUCUCCACCCCCUCUCCCUCUCUCUCCAACCCUCUCCCUCUCUCUCCAACCCUCUCCCUCCCUCUCUCUCCACCCCCUCCCCCCUCUCCCUCUCUCUCCAACCCUCUCCCUCUCCAUCCCUCUCUCUCCCUCUCUCUCCACCCCCUCUCCCUCUCUCUCCAACCCUCUCUCUCUCCCUCCCUCUACACCUCUCUCUCUCGCUCUCUCUCGCCCCUCUCCCUCUCCACCCCUCUCUCUCUCCCUCUCUCUCCACCCCCCUCUCUCCCUCUCCACCCCUCUCUCUCUCUUCUCUCCCUCCUUCUCUUCUCUCCCUCUUCUCUCCCUCCUUCUCUUCUCUCCCUCCUUCUCUCUCUCCCUCUCUCUCCACCCCCUCUCCCUCUCUCUCCAACCCUCUCCCUCUCCAUCCCUCUCUCUCCCUCUCUCUCCACCCCCUCUCCCCUCUCCCUCUCUCUCCAACCCUCUCCCUCUCCAUCCCUCUCUCUCCCUCUCUCUCCACCCCCUCUCCCUCUCUCUCCAACCUCCUCUCUCUCCCUCCCUCUCCUUCUCUUCUCUCCCUCCUCUCUCUCUCCCUCCUCUCUAUCCACCCCCUCUCCCUCUCUCUCCAACCCUCUCCCUCUCCAUCCCUCUCUCUCCCUCUCUCUCCAACCCUCUCCCUCUCCAUCCCUCUCUCUCCCUCUCUCUCCACCCCCUCUCCCCUCUCCCUCUCUCUCCAACCCUCUCCCUCUCCAUCCAUCUCUCUCCCUCUCUCUCCACCCCCUCUCCCUCUCUCUCCAACCUCCUCUCUCUCCCUCUCUCUCCAACUCUUCUCUCCCUCCUCUCUCUCUCCCUCCUCUCUCUCCCUCUCUCUCCUUCUCUUCUCUCCCUCCUCUCUCUCUCCCUCCUCUCCCUCCCCUCUCUCUCUCUCUCUCUCUGUGGUUAAUGGUUCUGACCUGAUGGUUGUUGUUAGUCAUUCUGACCACAGCUCAGAUAACAGUUAGAGACAGAGACGUGACCAACACCUACUGAACACACACACACAUACUGCGAGAAAGCACACACACCUCUCACACACACGGACCCACAAACCCACAUCAGACAGAUAGAGAGCCAGGCAGACAGACGUGAGUGUCAUUCCUGUGGUUUCACACUGUUUGAGUCAGGGCUGAGUCUUUCUACAGUCAGACACUACAUACAGAUCCUUUACCCCUUAACCUUCCACCAUGAUGUCACUUCCAGUCUAACGACAGUCUAACAGUAUCAGAACCACACUGUCAUUGACUACAGUCUAACAGUAUCAGAACCACACUGUCAUUGACUACAGUCUAAUAGUAUCAGAACCACACUGCCAUUGACUACAGUCUAACAGUAUCAGAACCACACUGCCAUUGACUACAGUCUAACAGUAUCAGAACCACACUGUCAUUGACUACAGUCUAACAGUAUCAGAACCACACUGCCAUUGACUACAGUCUAACAGUAUCAGAACCACACUGCCAUUGACUACAGUCUAACAGUAUCAGAACCACACGAUGGACUGGUCCACAGACAGGCCUUCUCUGGUUGGUUGUUCUGCCUCCUGUCCUGAGAGCAGAGUCCCUGGACUGGUCCAGACAGGCCUUCUCUGGUUGGUUGUUGUGCCUCCUGUCCUGAGAGCAGAGACCCUGGACUGAUCCAGAGACUGUCAACACUGCCAGCCAAGGGGAUGCCCUAUCGCCUGCCACCUCAACCCUCAAUAAACUUUAUUCAAUUCAACCCUGUGACACAAGGGUUGAUCUUAUCAGUUCCAGGAUAGUGGAGCCACGUGUAGCACGCAAGUCCAGGGCAUCAUUACCCCGUGGCACCACUACUCUGCCAGUCUUAUGAGCAUGGCGGCCAUCUUGAUGACUGGCAUACCUGGGUUACAACCUGUUUUAUAUCUGUCAUUACCACUUAUUGACUUCCAUAUUCUGGGGAAUGUUCUGUUACGCUCUUUUAGUCCCUCCCUGUCUGCCUCUCUCUCUGUCUUUCAACUCAAUUCAAGGGGCUUUAUUGGCAGGGAAACAUAUUUACAUUGUCAAAGCAGGUCAAAUGGAUAAAGAAAGGUGAAAUAAACAAUAAAAGUGAAGAGUAAAUAUUACACUCACAUUUCAAAUAUCAUAUUAUGUCUAUAUACAGUUUUUCUCUGUCUCUGUUCUCCUCUCUCGCUCUCUCUCUUUAUCUCUAUCUGUCUCUCUCUCCCUCUGUCUCUCAGUCCCCCCAUCUCCCCUGGCUCUAUAGUAUCACAACAGUGUGGAGGUGGUCAUGUGUGUGUGUGUGUGUGUGUGUGUGUGUGUGUGUGUGUGUGUGUGUGAGAUCCGGGGUGAGCUAGUUAUC